AUAUUACCACGCGUGUGAUAAUUACACAACACGGAUUUAUAUUUCAACACAAAACUAGACUUUUAACAAAUGCAAAAUACAUCAUAGAAUGAACAAAUCAGUUAGAUAAUAAGAUGCCUUUUACUUACUGUUGAUAUCAUAGAUAAAUAAAACAAAUGUGUGUAUGGUUAUUUAAUGAAUAGAAUGACUAAACCAUUAUCUUAUUUUAUACAACUAAAUUUAUAUACUUGAUAUGUCAUUCAAAAGUACCUGAACUGAUCAUCGUGUAAAAAUAUAUGUGUUCCAGUGUUGCCAUACCACGUGACCGCUAGGAUACAGAACAUGCGCAUCGUUUGCAUGCCAGAUUCAGUUACGUUUUAUCACCAUAUUUUGUGUACUUUACUGUUAUUUACGAAAUAAGCAGUACCAGCAAUUGUUCAAGCAUCAAAGAACAAAAAGUAAUGAUGAGUGACUUGAGAUGUUUAGAUCACUUUCUAUGGUCAGAUCAAUCUAAAGGAAGACAUCCGUCGAGCGAGAAUGCUAAAUUUAUAGACAAGUAUAUUGAGGCUGGAAAAGGAAAGGAAGUUGUCAAACACAUAACUGACUUGAGUUUGUGUGGUAGAACACCGCGACAGAACUAUUUGAUAUUUGCACUUGCCAUUUGUGCUAUAUCUAAAGAUCAUGACACAAAGAAACAAGCGUAUGAAAAACUCACCACUAUAUGCCGUAUUCCAACUCAUUUAUUUUUGUUUGUAAGUUACUGUAAACAAGAAAGCUUGAAAAGAUAUCAGUCAAAAGGCUGGGGUAGAGCUCGUCGUAGAGCUAUUAUUAAUUGGUACAAAAAUCAAGCGAAAGAUCCCGAAAGUUUUGCUAGACUUCUGACAAAAUAUAAAUCAAAGACAAGAAUGGUGCAAACUGACGGUAUGGCAGAACAGAAGACAGACGAAAAUACAAUUGAAACAAAAACAGACAAGAAGAAAAAGAGUACCAAGACAAAAAAGAGACCCGGAAAAACGAAGACAGAAGAACAAAAAAUGAUAACGAAGACCAAAGAGACAACGGCAGAAACGAAGAAUGAAGAAAGCAUACAGAAAAUUGAAAAAGAAAAUAAUACGGAGGACAAGAAGGCAGAUAUUACAGAAGAAAAGAAACCAGAAGAGAAAACGAAUACAUGUGAUACAAAUGCAAUAGUAAAGGCAAAUGAAACCAAGACAAACGAAAAGACAAAUAAAGCAAAGGCAGAAAACAAAGGAGCAGGGACAAUUGAUAAUUCACAGGAAACAAGGACAGGACAGAAGGAAGCAGAAUCGAAGAUAAUAAUAACUACAGAGGACUCGAUGACAAAGGGAACAAAACAAAAGGAAAAAAAAACAGAAGAGAAAACAGAGAAAACGAGGACAGAAGUAACCACACAGGAACCGAAGAAAGAAGAGAACACAGAGAAAAUAAAGAAAGAAAUAACUAAGACAAAGCAAAACACAGGAAAAACGACACAGGAUACGAAGAGAGAUAAAGCAAAUGAUAUAAAGAAAGGAGAGAAGACAGAAAAAGCGAAAUCAAAAGAUAAAAUAGAGCAAACUAAAAUAGAUGAAAGCACGCAGGAAACAAAACAAAACAAAAUCACAGAAAGAACGGAUACAAAGAAAACAAAGACAAAAGAGAGCGAAAAUGAAAUGGAAAUAGACGCAGAGAUAAAGAACACUUUAGAGGAUAAGAAAAAAAUAAAGAAGACAGAAGAAUCAUGGACAGAGGCAACACAUAUAGAGGAAUCACUGGCAGAGAGAAUGAAAAGAGAGAAAACGAAAACAGAUGAAAUAAAAAUAGAAACAAAUUUGGAUAAAACAAAGACAGAAGAGAAGAAGAUGGAGAAAACGAAAACAGUGGAAAAGGGAAGAAAGACAAACAGUGGAAAGAAGACAGGAAAGAGAAAAGAAAAAUGGUCACAUGCAAAACUGUUUAAAAUGGCGAGACCAAAGUUCAAAGACGAUGAUGAUAUGAAAGUCGUUAAACAAUAUAUAUUGUUUGGCUUUGAAAAAGCAAACACAUUUGCAAGAGAUCACGAAAUACACAGUGAAUUCAUUUCCAAAUUCUUGUCCUUCAUAGAAGUUGCAGAGAAGGCGAAAAGGUGCACAGAAAAGGAUCAGCUCGUGGCGCUUAUAAAGAAACAUAAGCUAGAACGAGAGCACAUAACCACACAAAUGAUGAAAAAACCCGAAGUAUGUGAAGCGAUAAUCGUCAAUAUGAAAGUAGGUGCAGUUAUACGCAAUCUCACUGUGAUGGCUUCUAAAGGUAUUUUUGACAAAAAGCCGGAGGUCAUUGAGAAAACAACUACGAUCAUCUUAAACAAGAAUGCGCUAAUUAAUGAAAGAGUACAUCCAAUCAACAUAAUAAUUGCUUUACAUAUGUACGAGAAGGGCACAAACGAAAUCAAGACUGAGAAAGACAAGAUAGAAAAGGAUGGGCAUGAUUCAACGAAAGCAACUCACAAACAACAUAUUAAUACAGGACAAUCGGCAGCGAGCUCAGCAGGACCUCAAACAAAAACAGAAAAGGAAAAAAGACUGAGCACGAAUGUUGAGUACCGAAAAUGGGAAGUAAACGCACGAAUCAAGGAAGCGCUAAACUUGGCUUUUAGUCGGCAUAUAACUGAUGCAGUAAAAGCUACUGAUAAACGGUUUUUACUUGCAAUUUCUAAAAGUAAAGAUAUGUUAAAAAAUUGUAGAGGUUGUCCCGCAAUGACAUGCCAACACGUCGCAGCUGCCAUGAUUAUGCUUACAAUUAACGUUGAAAACCAUUUCAAAAUUGUUGCAUUCUCGGGCGAGAAUGAGACAACGGAAGAAAUUGAUAUAUCAAACAACGAGAAAAAAUCAUUAAAUGACAUUUGUGAGAAAAUAGAAAAAAUCGAAACUAAUGGCAGCGAAGCAGAUCCAUCUGUUCCGAUACGCUGGGCCAAUAAAAAGAAAAAGAAAAUUGAUGUUUUUAUUCUGUAUGCCGGCUAUUUGAAAACAGAUUGGCAUCGCACAACAGAGACGACUCUGAAGAAAUAUCGGAAGGUAAAACCUAAUGCUAGGGUAAUCGUUAUCGGAAUGCUACGUAAUGACACAUCCAGCGCAGUUGAGAAGGAAAAUCGGUUUAUUCGUUACAUUGUUGGUUUCGACAAAAAGGUUCCAAUGUUGAUACAAGAAUUUGUUCAGGAAGAUUUAUAAUUGCAAGGAGACUAAUACAACUGUUACAGCUGAUGUGUUAAGAAAAGUAUAUACAUAAACGUAAAACGCAGAGCCUAAUGCUCUUAAUUAUGGAUAUCUAUUUCAAAGUUCUUACAAAACAUGUUAUGAAGAUAGAUUAUAUAGCUUACCAAAGGAAAUGAAGAUAUACUAAAACAGAAGACAUCGUGUGUAGACAUUUUUACUCCAUGACUUAAGAAGUUUGAUUUUGAUGUUUAUCACAAAAAUGAUGGAAACGCAUGUUAUUUUAAAAAAUAUCUUGGAGAUAAUCCUUUUCAAUAAAUGUCUAUUAUUUUUCUUGAAUGGAAAGGUCUCCAUUAUUUGUAAGACCUGUAACAUGUUUGUAUACUAAAGUCCAAUCAUCUGUGACAAAGAAAUAAAGACAUUAAACUGCAACGCAAUAAUUUCAAGUACUUCUUUCAUUAUCUGAUUAUUUCCAGUCUGCAAAAUACCCAUGCUCUGAAAAAGGACAUUUAUCGGCAAGAAUCACAAAAUUGAUAUAUCAAAUUAAAACAAUUGCAUAUUAGCCAACUAGAGAAAAAGAAAGUACAUGAACUCGUAUAUCAUUCUAUGCAUAUCGCAAUUUGAAUCUCAAAAACAAAAAUUUUCAAAAAAAAAAUGAUAAUGCACACAGAAAUGAAGAAGUGUAUUUUAAGUGGGAAAAAGUCCUCGUAUAUGUCAAUUCAAGAAAGAAUAAUUGACACUUGGCCCCUUCGCGGCCUCGUCCCUAUGGUCUGAUACUCGGUAUUUCUCCCUUAUUUAAAACAUGCUAUUUAGUCUUAUGUUCACAAAUACUCGUAAAUAUAGGUAUAUUUUGAUAUGUUAUAUUUCUUUCUUAAAUAAAUUAAACAAGCUUUAUAAGAUUAAUUCUUGUAAAAUAAUAUAUAUUUUGUAACAUGUAAUACAUUUUGUAUUUGUAUAUAAAUUAACAAUUUAUUUCAGGUAUCAAAAGUACGUUUGAAUACCUUAUUGGUUUUUCUGAUUUUGUCGAGCUAUGUUAGUUCAUUUUUUCUUCAUAAAUUUUUUGUUGUUUUUUUCUACUUGUUGUAUCUUUUUAUUUUUUAUACAUUUGUCAAAAGACAAAUAUGUAGGAUAUAUGUCUUUUGUAAUCAUUGAAUUUUAAAAAAGAAAAAUGCCAAACUAUUUUUUUUGUAUCAAAGAAAUAUGUGUGUAUACAUGUAUGUUCUAAAAAGCGAAAAGCGCAUGCGUGCAAGUCAUUAUUUCUAAACAGGUAAAACUCUUAACUUAAUAAGCAGCAAAAUAUUUGGUUUUCCUACGUUGUUUUCGCUAAAGUAAAAUAUUCUUGCGUGCUCAAAUUGUAGAAGUAUUCUUUGUUACAAACCCUUUCUAGACCCGACCAUAAAAAUUCGAAUACAACAUUAUUUUACUUUUCAAACAUGUAUAUUUUAUUUAAACUAUUAUACUUAAUACAUGUAGAUACCUUUGGAAAGUUGAGUUUUUAUAAUAUUAUUGUAAAAGUACUAACUAGUUAGAAAUUUAAGUAUAUUAUUAAACAUAAAUACAGUCAGAUACUGUGUUUUCGUUAACACCUUUUGAUAUUUUGGUCUCACGUUUUUAAUUUGCUUCCUUCUAGCACAUAACAUUUAUAUGUUACAGAAAUUUGGAUUUAAUUUAAUAAAUCUUAUCAAAACCC